AUGGCACGAGCUCAUGAUGUGGUCCUGCGCGUAAGGGCCUAUGGGCAACAAGGAGUAGAAUUUGCACUAUCUAGUCCACAAUAUAAUGAUAAAAGAGGCAUAUUUACUUGGUGGAUCAUUAUUGCAUUGAUUCUAAGCUCGAUAGCCGUGUUAUCAUCAAUUAAGUGGGAUGUAUCAUCCACUUUUCGACUGUUCAUGGGUCUAGUGAUUGGUAUAUUGGUUGCAUUCGUCUUUCAAGCUUCUGGAAGUGUCGUAGUAGAAGAGUCAAUGUUAGUGGUACCAGCGCUUGGAGUGAGGUUGACCACAAGACGACGCAAUGGUUCAAUAAGGAGCAAGUUUGUCGACUUGGAUAGGAUUUGUGGCGUGGCCGUGAAUGAGGCGAUCACGUUUUCUAGCGUCGUGUAUUCGUUGGUUCUCAUGGUGGAAGGACAACAUGACAUGAUGCUACCAUUCGAGACAUUCCGGCCACGUGUAGCCGUGUUGCAAGACAUUUACCAGGAAACUCAAAUGUUGCUCUUCCCUGACGACAGCGAUCGAAAGAUGCGUCUUCCAGAUCAUGUUGCACUUAGACCGUGUUGA